AUGUACGACGAUAUACCACCAUUCCCAUCAGGUCUACCUGUCGCAGACAUCGCCACUAUCGACUUUGAUCUGCUCUCACGUGGCGACGAAGCUCAAGCUCAGGCGCUACUUCAUUCAUGCCAGAACUAUGGCUUCUUCUAUUUGUCCAAUCACCACGUUGAUUCUAGCUUCAUAUUCAACCUCGCAAACGAGGUCUUCUCGCUGCCCCUCGCGGAGAAGAUGAAGUAUGACAUGGGCACGACAGGUAAAUACUUCGGGUAUAAGCGAUCAGGUGGGUUCUUUGUCGACGACAAGGGCACCAAGGACCACAGCGAGUUCUACAAUGUAUCGAAGGAUGAAGUCCUUGGGAUCGGCAAAGCCCUUCAGGAGCCCUCAACGGAUGGCAACCCCCAAGUCGUCCUCGAUAACUUCGACAGGCUCAAAGUCUUCAUGACUUCUUGCCAUAGGCUCGUCUACACCAUUGUCGCCUCCCUCGGUAGAUCCCUAGACCUGCCUCUCGGUCUUCUCGAGUCCAUGCACGAGCUCGACCGUCCGUCCGUUGAUCAAGCCCGCGUCACCUGUGCCCCACCGAUCAAGCCUUCCGAGACCAUCACACUGGGUGAGCACACAGAUUUCGGCAGUGUCACGGUCUUGUUCAACCAGCUCGGCGGGUUGCAGGUUCUAGCUCCCAACAAGCGAGACUGGGAGUACGUCCAGCCUCGUCCUGAGUGCGCUGUCAUCAACCUCGGUGAUAGCUUGAUCAAGCUGCUGAAUGGUAAGCUGUAUAGCGCGGUCCACCGCGUCGUCUCGCCACCAGGACCCCAAGGCCAAUUGGUCAGGCAUAGCGUGGUAUACUUCGCCAGACCGAACUCGAACGUGAAGCUCAGAGAUCUCUUCACCUAUCCAACAGAGGACGAUGUCAAGAAGCUGGAAGGGGACACUGGGGAAAGACUCCUCAAUGCGGAUGAGUGGGUGAAGCAGCGGGCAAAGAAUUGGAAUACUGCCCAGUACAAGGACAAGGAGUCAUAUAAAGCGAGUCGCGGUACGGAGCAUAACAGAGACCAGUGGGACACGGUUGAUCCAGUGAGGUUUGUGGAAAAGCCGUCGAAGCAGGUUGAGGCUGUUUGA